AUGGGAGAUUCAGGCGAUUCCAGCUCUGCUAGCGAUUGCGGGUCACCGCAGCCGAAAGGGAGGUCAACUAAUAAAGUCUUCGUAUGGCUGAAAGAGAAGGCAAAAUGUACACCGCGUGGAAAUCCGUGGGUACUGCUGAAUCGUGAGGGCAGGGUUAAAGACGUCGCAAUUCCAGGAAACUAUUCGAGUGCAAAGAUGAAAGAGCUGGUGAAGGAAAAUUUUGCUGGACUUGCGGCAGUUGACUUGAAUAGGUAGGAUAAGUAUCAGAGCACUUAAUCUCGCAUGCAAGUUGUAUGCAUUGAAUACUGGAUGCAAACGGAUAAGUUUAUAGUAAUGUAAAAACCAGGUAAGGAAAAAAAUGCAAAUUCCAGCCACUCGACGUAGGAUUCAAGACAGCCUUAAGUAAUUUACCACUUAUACUUUAACUAUUUGCUAGGGAUCAUACAUAAAAACUUAAGUAUGCACAGUAGACCUGCUGCGACUGUAAGGCCUGUAAAGGGGUGAAAUCCGCUCGUAAUAUACAAAAGCAGCACCUUUUAUAACACAUGUAAUGGUGGGCGGAAAGAAUCCGUCUUACAGGAAAAAAAAUUCAGACCCACCCCAUAGAGCGUCAUUUCACGUGUCGUCAUCAACAUUAAAAAAUAAGGAAUUAUCAAUCCUAAUGAGAUUUUAGUUAAGGUUGUUCAUAGAACAGUUGAAGACUUUUCUUUUAACAAAUUUCAGUUUUAUCGGGUUUUUCGUCUUCUGCUAAAGCAAGGUGGAAUUGACUGGUAGCUUCAAACUGCCAUAUUUGUGACCCUCCCUCGCACGAAACAUCGCACAGACCUGAAUCUUUGCGAGAUUGUUUGAAUAUUCAGCUUAUUUUAUCCCUUUGAUUCUUGACUUCAUCUGUUUAAUUGUUUUGAUGAUGGUUUGACAGUGAAAACCGGCAAUUGGUAAAAUAUUUAAGGAAAGCAAGAGCCUUAACUGGAAUUUUCAGAUGGGCAGGGCUAACCAUUGGAGAAGGGGGAGGAGGCAAAUAUGGACUGGAAUAUGGAAUAUGGACUGGAAUAUGGAAUAUGGACUGGAAUAACAGAUGUCAAACAAGUCUAGAAACUUAUAAAUGAUCAUCUCUAUUUAUAUUUACUACAUACUAUAUUUACUACAUAGUGAAUUGAAAUCCCAUUUCAUAUGUAGCAACUGUAAACUGUAUGUGGUGUCAAUGUUGGCCCUUUCUUUUCAUAGAAUUCGUCUAUACAAGUCCGCAAACCGUGGAAGCAGAAUAGAAAAAGUAUACAAAGGCAUACCAGACGCCAAGGAACUUUUUAGAAUUUAUGGCAGGGGGAGGGCUAAUUCCAGGCGAAUAUAUUUGGUUUUGCAUCGCCCAAGAAAUGGAGGUUUGUGUAAUCUUUCAUAA